GCGCGAAAGCCCCCUCUGACGGAAGGACCUCCACGAAUGCCUGCUCUGAAAAUCAAGUAAACACGGUUUAUCUCACAUAGCAGGAUAUUUAGACUUCAUCGAAUCAGUUCAUAAUGAAACUAAUACUUUAUAUUUGAUUUAUAAACUGAGCUGUUUCCUCAUUUAUCCUCGAUUAUCCCCGACGGAUGUUAAAUAUAUUACGUCGUUAUAUUUUGGUCGGCAGCUGAAACGACGAAAACAAAAACCCUACAGCGUGCUUUUAGCUAGUUGAAUUAUAUACGAGAUAAAAACUGCAACCCUGUAGACAUGAAUAAGCGAGAAGGUGAUGGUGUGCCUCGUAAAAACACGGAUGCGGUGCAGGAGCGUGAUGGGAGCGCCAACUCAUCCUCACCCGUUAUCGCUGCUUUUAAAGUUUUCCAGCAGGAGUUGGACACCAAACAUGACAAAUACGAGCGCCUUGUGAAGCUCAGUCGAGACGUCACCAUCGAGAGCAAGAGGACCAUUUUUCUUCUACACAGAGUGACCAGUGUAACAGACCCCGAGGCGAUUCUGAAGGAAGCAGAAGUGAAGCUGGAAGGAGUUAGACAGAAAAUUGGUCAAAUCGCCGAAGAGCUGCGAGGAGAAGACAUCCAUCAGUUUCACAGAGCUUUCACACCAGGGAUCCAGGAGUUCGUGGAGGCCGUCUCCUUCCUGCACUACAUCCAACACCGCAGCCUCAUCAGCCUGGAGGAGAUCAACGCCCGGCUGGUGUUCAUGAGAGCAGAGAAGGGCUCAGCUGAAGAUCUGCCGCCGGGUGCUCAGGUGCUGACCUUCCAGGUAACGCCCUCCGACUACCUGCUGGGCGUGGCCGAUCUGACCGGCGAGCUGAUGCGUAUGUGCAUCAGCAGCGUGGGAAACGGCGACAUCGACACGCCCUUCCAGCUGAGCCAGUUCCUGCGUCAGAUCCACGACGGCUUCUCCUUCAUCGGGAACACGGGGCCCUACGAGGUGUCCAAGAAGCUGCACACGCUGCGGCAGAGCCUGGGCAAGGUGGAGGACGCCUGCUACGCCCUGAAGGUCCGCGGCUCCGAGAUCCCCAAACACAUGCUGGCAGACGUGUUCUCCAGUCGGAGCGCGCUCAUCGACCCCGAGGAGGGCGUGAUCUGAUCUCUGCUGCUCGAUUCCUGCUCCUGUGUGUGUUUUAAUGUCUGUUACGUUUUCUGACAUGUUGGUUUAUUUCUCUCUUUAUUACAACAAUAAAAUGUGUUAAAGGACACAAAGGAUUUCUUUUCUUUUUGAUAACGA